AUGUCAACUGAGGAUCUCCUCCGCCAAUACCAGGGCCACAUUGUCCCCCAGACUUACAAUGCCGGCUUCGUCGCUCUUAGCUACGUCGUCAGUCUUGUCGGGGCUGCGUCGACGCUCGAGUUGAUCAACCGCCGGACGCACUUCAUGGGUAUCUUCAACCAUCUGCUCCUGGUGAGUUCGGCUAUAACGAUGGGUGGCAUAUCAAUUUGGUGCAUGCACUUUAUCGGUAACCGAGCCAUUGACCUGGCAAAUGGAGAGCGUGAGUUGCAGGUGGCGUACUCGAGCGGCUUUACCGCCAUCUCCUUCUUCGUACCUAUUAUCGUACUCCUGGCUGCCUUUGUUGCUGUCGGCACGAACGAUGCGGUCUCUUGGUGGAGAAUCCUUAUCGGCGGUGUCCUUUGUGGCGCUGCUGUCUGCGGAAUGCACUACCUUGGAAACAGAUCCAUUCAGAAUUACGUCUGCACUUACAAUCCAGCUUUCGUCGUCGGUGCCGCUAUUAUCGCUGUGGUCGCCAGCAUUAUCGCUCUCUCCACGUUCUUUAUAUUUCGAGCCGUUUGGGCCAACUCGUGGUGGAAGCGGACUGUCUCAGCUUUUAUCCUCGCAGGCGCUGUGUCUGGGAUGCAUUGGUGCGCUGCUGUCGGGACUCGAUAUCGACUAGUCAACAUCAAAACUGAGACUAACGAGCCGUCGAGGAGUGCGACAGUCAUUGUCGUUAUCUGCCUGUCACUUGGUGCUUGUUUUAUCCUCGCCGGCUCCGCCAUCUUCCGGACACGGAACAUGAGGAAGUCUGCACUUCGGGCGCAGCAGAUUACCCUAGGGGCCGCCGUCUUUGACAAGCAUGGCAGGAUCCUAGUUGAUCCCGAUGGCUUCGUUCCCAGCGCUGCUGUUACAGACUCGUUCUUGGAAAAGAAUGCCAAAGAACGGUUUGGCAACGACCACCCACUGUUCCAUUGGAUGUUCCAGGCAUCCCGAAAUUGGAGUGGGAUUUCAAGCCUUCUGGCAGGCAUGAGACACCAUUUGCUUCUGUUACCGCGCUCUGGUCGCGAUCAUGAUGCGGGAGCAGGGAUCCAAUUGAGCAACGAACACGGCGAGAUCAUUGACAAUUACGACAUCAUCUUCCGCGAGCUUUUCUGUCUUGCCGCCAUGACACUUGCUGAGCGACUGAAUGAGGACAUCACUUCGGUGGGAUUCCUCUGGGACGAAAUUCUGUCAACUGGCGCGUUUUACGAGCGACCACAGGCGCGGAUGCGGAAAUCGUCCCGAAACCCUGGCAAGCCGGAGAAGGAGGAGGACAACAGAUCCGACGAAGACCAGAGCGGGAUCGACAUGUCAGAGAAGGGCCUCCCAUCUUGGCAACAGGGAUAUGGACGUGGCUCGCUAAUGUUUUUAGUCCGUCGAGUUGAGACAGAUCGCGACGCGGACAGAUUAACAUCAGCCGGUUACCGAUUUGCUGAACUGCACCAAGUUAGCGACUCGAUCCGAACGAACAUGCAAAUCCGGUCACCCGAUUUCGAGUCGACACUACGAAGUAUGGCGACGUUCUCAACCCAGGAGACUCGAGUGUCAUCCGGAGUGCAUCUGGGCUUCUUUGCUGUUCGAGCCCGAGUCGAUAAUUCUCGUGGAUUUGAGGUGCUGGUACGCAAGGGGGCUCGAAAUCUGCUUCCGUCCGUGGGCCUACAGUUGGAGACCGUCCAACGCUGGCACGUAGACUUCCUCCGGCAGUUGGAAGGGAUGCCCGUCUCAAGCGUUGUUCCCCAGCUGUUUGAUGCCGACAUAGCGCCGGAAUCCCCGCGAGCGGAGGCAUUUGCGAGACAACUGGGGGAAGCCAUUCGGACUCUCCGGAAUUCCAUCAAGGACCCUUUAUUCGAAGAUGCUGUGCUCUCAUCGACCAUUGUGCGUCUACCCUGCCACGACGAUCAGGGCCAAGCAGAGACGGCCAUGAUAACUUUGCAGCUGGUGGUUCCGAUCCACUCGGUGCUGUCAACCCCCGACUUCGAAUUCGUGUCGCUGGGCGUCUUGAAGAUGCAUCAGGUUUCGGAGCAGUACCACCAAGCAUUUACGCGAGGCGUGCAUCAGGAGUUCGGGCCCAUUGUCAAGUCAGUCAUUCCGCCUGAGGACUUUUCGAGAGAAGGUCAUUCGCGACUGGCAUCAUUGGUGUGGCCGUUUCGACGAUCCAAGACGGUCGCGGCGAUUCGGAUGAAUGACAAGUCGAUGGCGACGGUUGCUAGGCGCCGGGUCUCAUCGGAUUCAGCGCGGUCAAGCUCAACCAUCAAUCUGUGCCCACCUGGGAGCGGCAUGCGGGCUCAAUCAGUUGAUACGGUAGAUGAGUCAGGAAUGUACCCAUCGUCCGACGACUCGCGAGUGUCACCGCCGUCUUAUGGAGGCAUCUUGGUGUUCCAGGAAGUGACGGUGAACAUUGAAAAGGGUGACCUGGGAAGCGGAGAGCGCCAAUACCCAGGAACUAGCGAGAGCCAAGAGGCCAUCGUUGCGGAGGGGACCCACGGAUCACGGAACAGGUCAUCAGUGGUGGGUAUAGAGCUACAGCCAAUGGGCCGCGUGGUUACGGAUGUGCAUGUCGGAGCACAGGUUUCUAGCAAUGUUGAGGUACACAGCGGCGAUAUGAGUAGCGUUUUGACCUUUGUUGAUAUCUUGUUUGCGGAGAGUGUUAAGAGACAUCACUGAGUCAACAUUGACUAGGAUAUAAGGAGGGGUUUUUGAAUAGUAGUAUGAAGCUAUCUGGGCUUCUAUGUCCAACCUUUUCCUACCAUAAUCCCUGUAUAUUUUGUACAUCUCUCUUCUCACUCACAUCAGACGCCAAAAGAGAUGAAAUGAGCACCAAGUACACU